AUUACAGGCGGUCUGUUGGAACUUGCAUGAAACCAGAGAGGGUUAAAAACCGUCUGUAGGACCCAGAUUGAUUCAGAAGGUCGAUACGCAGAUCAAGUUCACAAUGCGGCUUUACGGAGUUCUGAUCCUGUUUCUCUCUUUCUCUGCAGCGUGUGGAUUGAGAUGCUACACAUGUGUAGGAGCUGAACCAAACUCCUGCACUAACAUUAUGACCUGCCCUGCGGUAACCAACCGAUGUUCUUCUGUCAAGACAGGAGACUUGGUUACCAAGACCUGCAUGCUCAGCGCAGGAUGCACUGGUCCCAUAUCGUGCUGUGAAGGAGAUUUGUGUAACAGUGCCGUACCAACUGGACCCGGUGUCACCCUGCUGCUUCUGUCUUCAGCCCUUAUGAUGCUCUUUAUUUAAGGCUCUGAAAUCAUGAUCCUGUCCUGGUUUAUUGUUUUGUCUAUUAACAGUUACGCUGAGUUGACAGCAAACAUGCAGUCAGGACAGAUAUGCAGCAUUUUUAUUCAUCAUGUAAAAGACAUAUGUCUCUUUUAAAGAUAAAACAAUAAAAAUGUAAGCAAUAAAGGAAUAAACUAAUGAACUGUUCAGUUAACAAAA